CCCCAGGCAGCCCCAAGCACCAUGGUGGUUGUGUCCUUGGCCGGUUGGCCUGCAGGCCUCGCGUCCCCUCUAAGCAUCAGAAAUGAGAGAAUUCAGCUGCGAGUGAGGCAGGCCGGGACCCUGGGAGCCGGCCACGUACCCAGCCAGCCCUCCGCUGCCUUGUCUCCGCCUCCCCUCCCGGGACAGCGGCCACCAUGUUCUCGUGCGUGAAGUCCUACAAAGACCAGGACUACUCAGCCCUGAAGCGGGCCUGCCUGCGCAGGAAGGUGCUCUUCGAGGACCCCACCUUCCCAGCCACCGAUGACUCGCUGUACUAUAAGGACGCCCCAGGGCCCGCCGUCAGGUGGAAGCGGCCCAAGGACAUCUGCGAGGACCCCCGCCUCUUUGUGGACGGCAUCAGCUCCCACGACCUGCACCAGGGCCAGGUGGGCAACUGCUGGUUUGUGGCGGCCUGCUCAUCUCUCGCUUCCCGUGAGCCACUGUGGCAGAAGGUCAUCCCAGACUGGAAGGAGCAGGAGUGGGACCCCGAGAAGCCUGACGCCUAUGCGGGCAUCUUCCACUUCCAGUUCUGGCGCUUUGGGGAGUGGCUGGACGUGGUGAUCGACGACCGGCUGCCCACGGUCAACAACCAGCUCAUCUACUGCCACUCCAGCUCUCGCAACGAGUUCUGGUGUGCCCUGGUGGAGAAGGCCUAUGCCAAGCUGUCAGGCUGUUACCAGGCCCUCGAUGGAGGCAACACAGCGGACGCACUGGUGGACUUCACAGGUGGUGUUUCCGAGCCCAUCGACCUGACCGAGGGUGACUUCAUCAAUGACGAGGCCAAGAGGAACCAGCUCUUUGAGCGUGUGUUGAAGGUGCACAGCCGAGGAGGCCUCAUCAGUGCCUCCAUCAAGGCAGUGACAGCGGCAGACAUGGAGGCCCGCCUGGCGUGCGGCCUGGUGAAGGGCCACGCGUACGCCAUCACCGAUGUGCGCAAGGUGCGCCUGGGCCACGGCCUGCUGGCCUUCUUCAAGUCGGAGAAGCUGGACAUGAUCCGCCUGCGCAACCCCUGGGGCGAGCGGGAGUGGAACGGGCCCUGGAGCGACACCUCAGAGGAGUGGCAGAAGGUCAGCAAGAGUGAGCGGGAGAAGAUGGGCGUGACGGUGCAGGACGACGGUGAGUUCUGGAUGACCUUCGAGGACGUGUGCCGGUACUUCACCGACAUCAUCAAGUGUCGCCUGAUCAACACGUCUUACCUGAGCAUCCACAAGACGUGGGAGGAGGUCCAGCUGCGUGGCGCCUGGACGCAGCACGAGGACCCGCAGCAGAACCGCAGCGGGGGCUGCAUCAACCACAAGGACACCUUCUUCCAGAACCCGCAGUACAUCUUUGAUGUCAAGAAGCCAGAAGAUGAAGUGCUGAUAUGCGUCCAGCAGCGGCCGAGACAGUCCACCCGCCGGGACGGCAAGGGCGAAAAUCUGGCCAUUGGCUUCGACAUCUACAAGGUGGAGGAAAACCGCCAGUACCGCAUGCACAGCCUGCAGCAAAGGGCCGCCAGCUCCAUCUACAUCAACUCGCGCAGCGUCUUCCUGCGCACGGAGCAGCCCGAGGGCCGCUACGUCAUCAUCCCCACCACCUUCGAGCCAGGCCACGCUGGCGAGUUCCUGCUCCGAGUCUUCACUGACGUGCCCUCCAACUGCCGGGAGCUGCGCCUGGACGAGCCCCCUCGCUCCUGCUGGAGCUCCCUGUGCGGCUACCCCCAGCUGGUGACUCAGGUGCACGUCCUGGGGGCUGCUGGUCUCAAGGAGUCCUCGUCAGGGCCAAACUCUUACGUGAUCAUCAAGUGUGAGGGGAACAAAGUCCGCUCGGCUAUGCAGAAGGGCACCUCGACCCCCGAGUACAACGUGAAAGGCAUCUUCUACCGCAAGAAGCCAGGCCAGCUCAUCACUGUUCAGAUCUGGAACCACCGACUCCUGAAGGACGAGUUCCUGGGCCAGGUGCACCUGAAGGCUGAUCCAGACGACCUCCAGGCCCUGCACACCCUCCGGCUCCAAGACCGCAACAGCGACCUGCCGGGCACCAUUGCUGUGCACGUACACAGCAGUGCCUCUCUUAGGGCAAUCUGAUGCCUGCCUGCCUAUCUGGCCCUCACAGUUCUCACCGCCACCUGCAUGUCCCCAACCAGGCUGGGGACUACCCUGGGAGCCAGGAUGCUGGGGUCCUUUGCCCAGCUUUUCUACUGACUUGCUGUGUGACCUGGGGAGGUCUCUGCACCUCUCUGGGCCUCAGUGUCCCGAGGACCCCAAGGCAUCCCCUUCUCAUGGAGGAGUCUUCUUGCCUGAGAUUUAAAAUAGCCCUCCUUACCCCAACUGUCACUACUGCUAAGGGACUCUAUCCGUUGAAAACAUUUUCCGAAGGCCCUGCUGUCUGCCGACGGAGUGCCAAGAUGUCACUUGUUUACACACAAACUGCCACAUCCCCCAGCCCCACUCUUGCCCCAGUGUCCCAGGCCUUGCUUUCUCUGUCACCGACACCUGGUUUUCCAGCCACCUUGAAAGGACCCUUGGCUCUUGCUGAGUUCCUGCUCAGGCUGGAAUUUGGGAGAUGUACAGGUGACAUUCUUUCAUUCUCUCAUCCCAUCCAUUUAUUUAUUCAACAGAGAUUUGCCAAAUGAGUAAAUGAUGCCCAUAAACCCCCCAGUGGAGCUGGGCCCCUCCCUGCAGCUCUGGAGACCCAGCAUCCGUGCUGGGCCUCACCUCUGCUCUCAGGUCCUCUCAGAGGCGGGUGCCGAGAUGCCCGGAGGAGCUGUGGCUCCUUCUCAUUCCAGGUUCUGAUUUACUGCAGCCUCUAGUUUAAGGUCCCUGGAGAGAUGAUGGCAGCAUGGAGAGGAAGGGCAACUUCCUGCCUCCACUGCUGUGAUGCCAGAAGGAGUGUGCCUGGUUUAGCGGGCCAGGGGCCGAGCGGGUGGGAGUGGGACAUGCUGCCAGGCCCCCUCUGCUACAAGACCUGGGCUUUUCCUGGGAGAAGGGCCUCUGGGCUGGAGGUCUCAGGCCUGCCGGGCUCAGGUCACCCACUGGGCUCGGCAGGAGAGGUAAAUCCAUUGCCUGACCAGAGGCCCCUCCACCAACAUUCCCCCCAAAACGCAGCCAAAGAGGCCACAGCCCUCUUUUUGCUGCCUGGACCAAAAUGUUCCUUUUAGUCCUCAACGUUUUAUAUUCUUUCUGUUUUAAAACUCUCAGUUUUAACCAGGGGUUUUUAAAGGAAGACUGAAAGCCUGAGCCCCUUUUUCUUCUUAAACUCCAGUUCCUGUGGUCCUCUGCUUUUAUGUUGAUUCCUCUUGGGGCAGGACAAGGGGAGGUCGCACCUUCUCAGAGGAGGGCUGCAGGUGGAUGAGGAAGAGGGUGGUCUGUACUCCCAUGUUUUGUGAGCUGGCUCCGCCUGUGUUCUUGGCGACAGUUGGCGCUGUGACCCGCUGGGGGUCUCCUCUGUGCCCUCUCGGGCUCCAGACCAGGUGACACCAAUGAAAAAGGCUGGUUGGUUCAAGAACCGGAAUGCCUGUGGCCCUGCUGGGAAUUCCUGUUGGGAACCUGAGCUUUUGGCUCCAGAUCUGGCUGUUUGGUCCAGUGUCUGGCCGGAAGUGCUGGAUCCUUGACUUUCCUCCUCACUCCAUGGCCAGCUCUGCUCCUAUGUUCUGAGAGGCCAGGGACUAAACAACAGGAGGACAAGAGGAUUCCUUCUUGAAAAGCCGGGACUUCCCCCCGAGAAUGUGGGCCUGGGGCCAGGACUCUGCGCAUGACCAGGAGCAAGUCACUUAAACCUCCUGUGCCUCAAUUUCCCCCUUCUGCAAAGUGGGGCCAAUGAUUCUUGCUUGUCGGCACUCUUACUAACAAGUGCUGAAUAAGGGCAAAACCACACCCUUUCUCUAUGUAUCUCUGUAUGCAUACACACUCUAUACACUCAUGUAAUCACCACUUCUGGAUGGCUGUUUCAAAUGGAGACUCCGGAGUUGGGGUGAAGAGGUGGGGGGGGUAAGCCAGCUUGGGGCCUCUGGGGCCCACACAUGGGUCUUUGCUCUUUGUCCACCUGGGCUACAGGACAAACCAGGACUACCUGGCAGACCCGUGUGGGCUUCAGCCUGGGGUCUGGGCACUGCCUGCCCACCAACAGAACCAGUCCUGCAGCCCUGCCCUUGCUUCCUGCCCCUCUGGGUGGGCCGGGCUGGCUCCUGGCUGUGCGGCCCUGGGGACUGGGCAGGUGAGGAUGAGUUCUUCCAGGCUGGGACUGGAGGAUGGGUGGGGAGAGCAGUUGCUCUGUUCACAUGGACCCUUCAGCCCAUGGAGGCCGCAGAGUCCCCAUUUGCAGAUGGGCGGGGCCUCCGGUCCACACCACCCAAUCUGGGCUUCCCUCCCCUCAGGGCCCACCAUGGGGUCAGUGGAGCGGAGACCUGUUCUGUUCUCAGAAUAAACAUUACCACAAUCCCAGAAA